GUCAACCAAGCAAGCCACUGAACUGUGCUUCAUGUUUAAAAGUUGACUGUUUUUUCCCCUUUUUCUCUAUUGAAAUGGAGAUUGCUUUUGAUAACCUGGACGCAGCUGGUUUCCUGGAAAUCUGGCAACACUUUGAUGCUGAUGAUAAUGGUUACAUUGAGGGCAAAGAGCUUGAUGAAUUUUUCCGUCACAUGAUGCAGAGACUGGGUCCACAGGAGAAAGUGACUGAAGAGAGAGUUCAGAGACUGAAGCAGAGGUUUAUGUCUGCCUACGAUGUCACUGCUGAUGGGAAACUACAGAUUCAGGAGUUGGCCAAUAUGAUCCUCCCUGAAGAUGAGAAUUUCCUGUUAGUUUUCCGCAGAGAAGCUCUUCUUGACAACAGCGUUGACUUCAUGAAGAUAUGGAGGAAGUAUGAUGUGGACUGCAGCGGCUACAUAUCAGCUCAGGAGCUCAAGGCUUUCCUGAAAGACCUGUUCCAGCAGCACCACAAGGAAGUGUCUUCUGAUAAGCUGGAGGAGUAUACUGACGCAAUGAUGAAAAUCUUUGACAAAAACAAGGAUGGCCGUUUGGAUCUGAACGACUUGGCCAGGAUCUUGGCUUUACAAGAGAAUUUCCUGCUCCAGUUCCAAAUGGAUGCCUGCAGUAAAGAGGAGAUGAAGAGAGACUUUGAGAAGAUCUUUGACCAUUAUGAUGUUAGUAAGACAGGAGCGCUGGAGGGUCCUGAGGUGGACGGCUUUGUCAAAGAUAUGAUGGAACUGGUCAGGCCCACCAUCACGGGUCCUGAGCUGGACAAGCUGCGAGUUGUCCUGCUGCGCCACUGUGAUGUUAACAAGGAUGGGAAGAUACAGAAAAAUGAGCUCUCUCUCUGCCUGGGUGUCAAGCAUAAACCUUAAAGUUAUAGUACAGUAUGGUAUUAUGAAACACUGACUCUGUAUUUGUUGUUUUGUCAAUCAGUUGUGUACUGAGAAUGAGCUAAUGUGGGAAACUUUAUGUUUUGAUCACGAUCAGUCUUAUGAUUGAAUUAUUUAAGGUCAUUAUUCAUUAUUUGAUUGUGAUUAUGAUACAAACAAUUUGAUGCUGUGUGAAUAAAAGAAAAUUAAAUAACUGCACAUUCAUGACUUCAAAGGAUGGUGAUUCUAUGGGGCAAAAAAGAAUAAGAUAUGAAUGUUUUUGGCUAAAAUGAAUGUCUGUGAAAUUUGUAGGAAAGUGUUUGUCUGUGGAAAGGUUAAUGUAGCUUUCGACAAUGUAGAAAGGUGUUGGGUUUUUUUUAUUGAAAUAUAACAUGUUCCUCUUUUAAUUUGGAGCUGCAGGAGUGUUGGCCAUUAUUGAUGCUUGGCCAUUUGCAUGAUUCUCUGCUAUAAAAAAACAUAAAAUAAACAAAAACCUUAAGGUAUGUUGUUCAUUGUCCUUUAAUGUGCCGUUGAGAAAAUAAAGUUAUUAUG